GUUGUAAGUUGCCUCCACCUCCACUCCAUAUUGACAGUUUGACACCAUGUCUCCAUCCAAUCACUCCGCUUUUUAGCUUGGGGUGGCUUUCUUCCUCCUCUCGCCAUAUCCCAUCCUCGCAGUGGCCGAGCACCGCGUGAGUGACCCCAUUUCUUCUCGCGGUACGUGGUGGCCGUAGCUCGAUCUUUUCCAGCCGGCAGCCAUGAAGUUCGGCAAGAAGUACGAGGCGUACAUGAGGGGCAUGGAGGCGGAGCUCCCCGCCGUCGGGAUCAAGCGCCUCAAGAAGAUGCUCAAGACGUGCCGCCGCUCGACUUCGCCUUCGCCUUCACCUUCCGCCGCCGCCAGCAGUGACCGCCGGUGCACUGGCCAUUGCACUGUGUGUGAUGGGAGUUUCUUCCCGUCUCUUCUGAACGAGAUGUCAGCUGUGGUCGGCUGCUUCAACGAGAAAGCCAAGAAGCUACUCGAACUGCACCUGGCGUCAGGAUUCAAGAAAUACACCAUGUGGUUCACCAACAAGGGUGGCAAGAGCCACGGGAGACUGACACAGCAAGGCAAAGACUUGGUUACCUAUGCGAUUAUAAAUGCCGUGGCCAUGAGGAAGAUUCUCAAGAAGUAUGACAAGAUACAUUACUCAAAGCAAGGGCAAGAAUUCAAAGCUCAAGCUCAGAGCCUCCACAUUGAGAUACUUCAGUCCCCAUGGCUCUGUGAGCUGAUGGCUUUCUACAUGAACUUGAGGAGGAGCAAGAAGAACAAUGCCGCUGCAAUGGAACUCUUUGGCGACUGUUCCCUCGUAUUCGAUGACGACAGACCAACGCUCUCAUGCAACCUCUUUGACUCCAUGCGUGUUGAUAUUAGCUUGACAUGUUCCAUAUGCUUGGAUACAGUGUUUGAUCCAGUCUCUCUUUCCUGUGGCCACAUAUUCUGCUACUUAUGCUGCUGUUCUGCUGCAUCUGUGACAAUUGUCGAUGGGCUGAAGUCUGCAGAUCACAAAUCAAAAUGUCCCCUAUGCCGACAGCAAGGGGUCUUUCCUGACGCUAUGCACCUGGAUGAACUCAACAUGCUGUUGAGUCACAGUUGUCCAGAGUACUGGGAGAAGAGAAUGCAAUUGGAGCGAGUUGAACGUGUUCGCCUGGCUAAGGAGCAUUGGGAGUCACAGUGCAGAGCAUUUUUAGGCAUCUAAGUAGUCAGCUUCUACUGGCGGGAAGAUGAUUCGAUUUGUUAAGAUUGUUGUUGGUUAGCUUUGUCACAAGUUUUUGUGAAAUAAAGUGAUCAACCCUCUAUUAACAUUCAAUGUUCUGUCUUGUGCUCCUAGCUAGCUAGAGAAAGAAACUGUAGUGGUGGUUGGUUGUUCAAGUGCAGAGUUGCAAAUGUGUACAUAUGUGGCCCUCUAGGUACAGCUUUAUGAUUUUAGCCUGAAAAGUCUGAAGUUGUUCCAAUA